AUGGGUAAAAGAAAAAGACGCAUUUUCCCAAAGAAGAAGAAGUCAGUUUUCAGCAGACCACACCCGAUGAGGAGGAAAAUGGCAUUGAAACAGAGAAGAAUGAAGGCGUUUAUACACAAACACAGCCCGAAGAACUUCUUACAGAAAGGUAUGAGAAAGAUGGUAGGAGGGAUUUACACUGUGUCUGAUAAAGUGAGAGAUAAGAUAGCUGAGAGCGCCAUGGCACUGGACAAUCCCUUCAGUGCACAAUUUUAUGAGGACCGAUGCAAUAUACAGUGA